AUGGAAUUUGAGAAAUAAAUUUAUCAAACACAUUCCUUCUUUUUAUCAUUUACUUUAGUGAGAUUUUUUGUUAAAUUGGGUUCCUUCAUAUUCCCAAUUUUAAGUAUUUUAGGUUUGUGUGCUUUGUUAAUGCUACACAUAAACUAGUAUACGACAGGGUUAAUUUUGCUUGAAACAGACUUAAGUACACUUAGUUAUUGAUGAUAGUUAACUUUGAUAAUGAAACUGUGUACAAAUUUAACAUAACAAAUUCUAAUAAUGAAAAUCUCAAUCAGAAUUUCAAAUAUGCUUAGUCACAGAGUCUUUUGCAAUUGCAAGAUGAGUUUUUAAAUAAAUACAAUUUUUCUUAAAAAACAAUAAUGAUAGAUGGAGAUAAAUAUUGGAGCGGUUUGAAUUCUAUUUUAUAAUAUACAACAAAUAUUGAGAGUUUUUUUUUGAUUGAUCUUAUUCAACAGCUGAAUAGAUCUGCGAUAUAGAUAGUGGAUAUGUAAACCAACAUUUCUUAUAUUUGGGAAAAGGCUUACUUUGAAGGUAUAUAUUUUUAAAUUAUAAUAGAGUAUUAUGCAAAUACAUAUUCUGAUAGAAUAUACAAUACAAUGUUGAGAAUAGGUAAAUGCACUAUAGGAUUGUUUUUCUAAUGUAUAACAGCUUCUAUUUAUUUCAGAAUGCUAUUUAUUUAUAUGCCUGUAUUUUCCUUAAUUAUAAGUAUUAUUGUGAAUUAUGAUUUUAGUUGGUUUAAUAUUUUGUAGGAAUCAUUAAGAAUUGCAGAUAAUGGCAAGAAGCUAUCCUUGGAUUAAUCAUUAUUUUAAUAUCUUAGCAAGUAACAAUAAAUUGAAAAAUCAAAUUAUUGACUCUUUUUUAUAAACUCUGUAUAUGUUUCUGCUGAUAUUUGGUUUGACUUGGGCAUAAGUAAAUUAACUCUUAUUCAAGAAACAACAUUCAAUUUAUUUAAUAGAUAAAAUAACCCAGUAUAAUAAUAAAACAUUUUUAGGCAUGCGUUUUCUUUCGAAUAUUUUAGUUUACACUUUCUUAGGACAAGAUCUUCCUUAUAUUUCGUUCCUAAGUAUUGCUUCAUCAUCAGAUUUUUUCUUUACUAUUAUAUGCACUCUACUUUAUUUGGACACUAUCAGCUGGCUCAAUAUAUAAGUUUGUUUAGCUAAUUAGGAGUGUUUUGUUACUUUAUUCAUAAAUUUGAAAUACCUGCUUUAAGUUGGUCUGAAAGAUCUCCAUAUACACCCACAAUCAACAGACCAAGAGCCUAUUAUGUACCUUUAUUUCCAAUGAGUUGGGUUAAUGACACUCCUUAACUAUGGUCAAUGUUUUAUCCACUUUAUGGAAGGAGGUACCUAUUUUCAUAAAUUUAGAUAUUUUACAGUCUAAAAUCUGGCUUUGGUGGAUUAAAAUUUCCCUUUAUUAAAUCAUAUUCUAUAAUAAGAGAUUCAAUAAGAUUUAGAAAUUCCAUAAGAUUAAUAAGUCUAAAUUGAAAUAAAUUAACAAAUUUAGAUACCUUAAGAAAAUAAUAUUUAAAUAAAUGACUAAUAAUAAUAAUAAUAGCAAUAAUAAUAACAAUAAUAAUAACAAUAAUAUUAAUAAUAAUAAAUACUAAAUUAAAUUCAAUAAGUUUAAGUUGUACAUUAAAAUUAAGAAAUUCAGCACUUGAAUCAGGAAUAAAAUUUGAUAAAUCAGAUUGAAUGA